AGAGAGAGAGAGAGAGAGAGAGAGAGAGAGAGAGAGAGAGAGAGAGAGAGAGAGAGAAAUUUGGGAGAGGGUGGUGGGCUGAGUCGAUGGAAGAUACGGAAGUGUACGUGAUGGACAAAGAAGACCCCGCUCGGCAGUCUAAGAGAGAUAUAGAUGCGUUCGAUGCCCGAAUGAAAUGUUUAAAGCCUUCAGUGGCCUCCAGUGUGCGACAGUUGUUGCCUCAGGGUCUCGAGGCGAUGGCGACUGCAGUUGUCUGCAGGAAACAUCUAUCGGCAAAACCAAUUUUAAGAGUUCGUCCCUUGCCGAAGCCAGUUCCACAUCGCCCAUUAUCAGCUCGAGCACUAGGGAAAUUUCCAGUUUCUGCAGAAAUGACGCAGAAAGCCCUGCAAGGCGAUCCGCCGAUUGUAAGGCGACCUAAGUUGACGGAGGCAUUGCUGAAAAAACCACCUUUCCGGUUCUUGCACGAUGUUAUCACAGAGGUUAUCAGGCAGACAGGCUUUGGAGAAGGUCUGUUUACUCCUGAGGAACUGAACUCAGCAAAUGUGAAGGACAAGGAAGGGAAAGUCAGAUUCCUCAACAAGAUCAUCAACUGUGUUGGUAUCGCACUCAGUAGUCAUGUUCCUGCAAGACCUUUGAAGAUAGUUGCAGGCUUGGAGGCAGAGAACACCAACACAUUCUUGCAGAUGCUGGCUAUGGCAGCGUCGGCAAAGGUCUCCCGCAGCAAAGAAGCAGUGGAGCAGGUUCUGGCAGGACAGGGAAUGACCCAGUCAGGACAGGGCAAGGCAAAGGAAACACAGUCACAACCACAGCAGGCGCAAAGUGCAGGGCAAGCAACACCCUCCUCCCAGCCUUCCUCCCGCUUAACAGACUCGCAGCAGCAGCAGCAGCAGCAGCCAGCGGCGUCAGGAUCAACAGGCAGAUCACAGAAACAAAGGUCAUCCCAGCAACCCUCCCCGGCAGGAUCUGCAUCGCCCUCGUUCACAUCAAAAGGUGGAACCCAACCAGGAGUGCAGUCUGACGGUCGUCGUGGUCCAGCAUUGUCGACGGGUUCUUCUGGGCCCCCAUCACGGAAGUCGUUGAACAGCUCAGCGGCUGCAGUGCAAGACAUUCCUGCAAAGGCGAUUGAAGCUCUGAUGAAGCAGAAUGUGACAUCUGGACGCCCUUCAGGUGCCACACCGCCAUCUGAGCCUCAGGGUGAGCGCGUCCCUCAAAAGGCAUCUCAACAGCUACCUGGGAGGGCAGCAACUGGUGCCGCUGCUGCCACAGCAGGAGAGUUCGUGCCAGAGCAAGAGAAAGCAGUGAGCCUGGCUGCAGCUCAGAGUUCAGCAACCAAAGUGCCUUCCAGAGAGAGGGUCAUGGAGAGAGCAGACGCACAACAAGCCCCGGCAUCAAUACCAAAUGACCCGAAUUCCGGUCUCGGCAGACUAAUGCCUGGACCAGAUCAAUCCGUAGUUCUCUCUCCAGCCCUUCCUUCAAGUCCUGGGGAAUACGAGCCUGCUGCGCCCCCUCCACCUCCACAGGGCUCUGCAUCUAAGAGCAUAACCACAACUCGUCGUCCAGUCCGAGGAGCUUCUGGGGCUGCCAGAGGUGGUGAAAGAGCAGCAGCCCCUCAAUCAGGUCAAUUGCAGGAUCAGGGCCAGUUUGCCAGCACGAGCCACAGUGCUGACAGUGAUGGGAAACUGGGAGUCAUGAAGCGAGCAACGACUGACCCUCAAGGCCUGAUGGAUGUUGUGGAGACAGGGGCCGCAGAGAUGUCAGAAAUAAUGGAUGGCCAGAGGGAGAGAGAGAGGGAUAGGGGCAUCUCCAUCCCUCCAGUACCUGCUGCAGCAGACUCAGAGCGGCUAAUAGUGAUGACGGAGGACAGGGGAACUGAUGAUAAGAAUACAGAACCCAUGUUGGAUGGUGUGGGAGUGGGGUUGUCUUCUGCUGCAGAAGAGAGGGGUAGAAAUCCAUCCGAUGCAGUUGAGGAUGCUAGACCUUUGGGUGCAAGUGAUGGGGGAGUACAACAGGCUGGGCGCGAAAGAGGAGGGCCUGGGGGAGGGAGUGCAAAACCAGGUGGGGUAUCAGGAAGAGUUCCUCGCCGCAUGGGGGAUGCAGCGACAGAGGCCGUUGCAGGCCAUGCUGUGCCAAUUUCACCGACUACAAAAAGGGUUGCGAGUUUUUCUAGAAGAGGGGGCGGUAUGGCAGCAGAGAACAUUGUGAGCCAAGCACAGCUGGGACCUAUAGGAGAGGGAGGGGAUCAUCCAGUCCCUGCACCCCCAACACCAAUAUCAUCCACUGCACGACCCAUGCGGUGGCCCUCCACGAGAGUGCCGAUUGAAAGGCCGCAGUCAGCUCGUAAAGCGCCACCGAAACUCCCCAACAACGUUGUUAGCGUCGAAAGAAGGCUCGGCGGCCAUGCUGGGACACUGGAUGGGAAGGUUCCUCCUCCGGGUGUGGGCCCUCUGUUGGACAGGCCCGGGAGCCGACUGGCGGGCGCCAAGGACAGGUGGGUGAACCAGACUUCGACGAUCAUGGCUGAUGGAUUGCCUGAAGAGGAUGAAGGAGAUGAGCCCGCCAGCGGAGCUGGAAGUUUGCCCGUGCUGCUAUCGUCUGAUGGCCCUGUAGCUGCAGCCUUGGGAAGUGCACCUCCAGUAUCGGCGGAAAAUGCCGGAAAGCUCGUCCGCGAUAUACUAGAGACAAAGAAGGACCUCCAGAGCGCUGCGAUAUCGAAAGAUGUCCUGAGUGAAAUGAGUGCUAACGAUGCCACUGUUCCGUCAAAGGAACAAGGAGGAAUCAUACUUGGACGAGGGCGGCGGUCAUCAGUGAGCGUCAAACCAGAUGGUCCGACCCAGAAAGAGGAGAUCCAGAAGAUUCAGGAGGCGGUUCAAGCGCUUUGCCAAGCGACGAACCCCUUACGGAAAUGUGCAGACUACUUGCAGGAAGACAUAGAGAACAUGAACAAAGAGUAUUUGUUCUGGAGCAACGAGAGGGCGACAUACACAAUGAAGCUCGAGGAAGAGACGAGACUCUCCGAAGAGAUGAUGCAGCAGUCGUCGAUGCAGGCCAUGGAGCUGGAAGAAGAGAUCAAACAGCUACAAGGACGGAUGAACAGUGUGAAGGCACAAGUUCUGCGAAAUGAUGAAACAAUUCAGCAGUUGCUUCGACUUGUUGUAUCAGGGCCAGGGAAAUUGAGUUAAUGCUACUCAACAAACCACAUAAUUAUUA